ACGGUUGAAGUUCGAAGGAAGUCAACGUGUUUGGGGGGAAAUCCUGACCGUCGGAGUAUGGAGCGGAUAUUGAGCGGAUACAUCAAGGCCCACGGGUAUGCCAUUGCGGUGGCCGCCCUCACUUUCGGCUGUAUCUUUGCCGCCGAUGUAAGCCUCGUGGAGGAGGAGUUACGGCCGCUGGACGUGGACGAUGUCGUCGUGGAUCACAGUCAGACGUUUUUCCGGGUGAGGCCCAUGGGGCAGUUGAUGUUCUCGUUGAUCUGGGUGCUCGUGGGGACGAUCUUCCUGGUGGGGAUCGUGUUCGAGAAGAAGGAAACGAUCCUGCCGUUCGCCACGAUCUUCUCAAUCGACUUCAGUUUGUUUCUGAUCCAGCAGCUGACGCAGCUUGAGCGGCGGAACUUCAAGGAGCUCGUUCUGUCCUCGAACACCGCAGUAUUAGUUGUGAUCCCGGUGUACGUCGGAUUCACGCUGGUCGUGCUGUAUCGGUUAUUCGACCGGAGUUCCGACGAUCCGGACGAAGAUCAGGACGACGUGGAGAGUGCCCGGAAGCCGGUCAAAUUCACGCUCGGCGACGAGUUCGAUGACUCGUGGAUCAGCUAGUUCACGUGUGCUGCAUAGCAACUAGUAUUAAUACCAAUACCGCACACUAUUACACUAUAGCUCUGUUGUAAAUAUUAUCAUUCUGUGAAUCAAAUUAAAAUCGCGCCCGUCAUUCAUCCCUAAGGAGGGACCAUCAGGGCAAAACACCUUCUAGAA